UGUGAGGAAAAAAAACCCAAAUGCAAUUUAAAAGGACUGCUGUUCUCUGCAAACAUCUAAACAGAGCUGGCUGUUUGGUAUGUGGAUUUAGUCAUGACUUUAAAUAAUAACCAAAUCUUUUCCAAAUCUGAGUAUCUACAUGCUUCACUUGCUGCUUUUUCCAGUUUGUUGUCUCUAUGUGAUUUUAAUCAGCUGUAGCAUGCUGGAUUAAUUUUAUUUGUAUUUUUUAAUACAGUAUACUUAUUGCAUCCCAAAUGGAACCAACAUAUGCCAGGAGAGUUUACCCAUGUUUUGAUGAACCUGCCAUGAAGGCCACAUUUAAUAUCAGAAUUAUCCAUGACCCAAGCUAUGUGGCUCUUUCCAACAUGCCUGCUAUUGAUGUAUCUGAAGUGAAGGAUGAAAAUGGAAGCCUGUGGACAGUGACCACAUUUAACACUUCACUGAAAAUGUCAACUUACUUGACUGCUUUUGUGAUUUGUGAUUUCGAUUAUGUCACCAGAACUGAGCGGGGAAAUGAGAUACGUAUUUGGGCCCGGAAGGAAGCAAUUAAAAAUGGAUAUGUUGACUAUGCUUUAAAUAUCACAGGCCCAAUAUUUUCAUUUCUGGAAGAUAUACUUAAUGUCAGCUACCCUCUGCCAAAGACAGAUCUGGUUGCACUGCCUGAUUUUGGAGCAGCUGGUAUGGAAAACUGGGGGCUACUGAUUUUCCAAGAAGCAUCAUUGAUGAAUGUCCCAAGUGAUGACUUCACAAGCAGGAAGGCAAUGAUUGCCUUAAUUGUGUCACAUGAGCUAGCACACCAGUGGUUUGGAAAUCUGGUUACAAUGAACUGGUGGAAUGAUCUGUGGCUUAAUGAGGGCCUGACAUCUUACUUUGAGUUCCUGGGAGCUACCUUUGUUGAACCCAAGCUUUCACUGGAUAAAAUCUUUUAUGCUCAUAUUGUACAACCUAUCUUAAGGGAAGACAGUGAAACCGCUCGAUCACUGUCACAGAGUGAGGACAAGAUCAAAGGGUCAUUUUCCUUAAUGUCUCUAUUUGACAACAUCACAUACAGCAAGGGGGCUUCUGUAACCUGGAUGCUUUCUGGUUUCCUGACUGAAAAGUUGUUCAUCAGAGCACUUACUUCAUAUCUGAAAGAAUUUUCCUUCUCAAAUGCUAAUCAAGAUGAUCUCUGGACCCACAUCCAGAUGGUUGUAGAUGCACAGGAUGAAGUUCAGUUGCCAGCACCUGUAAAACAAAUAAUGGAUUCCUGGACAUGCCAAAAUGGGUUUCCAGUUUUAACAGUAAAUCUAACCACUGGAACAAUCAGACAGGAACAGUUUUUUAAUAAAAACAAUAGAAAGAGUACUGAUUCUUACAAUAAUACCUGGAUUAUUCCUAUUUCUUGGAUGAGAAAUGGAUCGUCACAGCCCUUAACCUGGCUAGAUAAAAGCAGCAAAAUGUUUCCUGAAAUGCAAGUAUCAGAGUCAGAAUAUGACUGGAUCUUGCUAAAUGUAAAUUUAAGUGGAUACUACAGAGUGAACUAUGACGAAUUAAACUUGAAGAGAUUAACACGCUUGCUUGAAAAUGAUCCGAAGGCUAUUCCCACUGUCAGCAGGUUCCAGCUGAUAGAUGAUGCUUUUGCACUGACAGACUUCGGAUAUGUUCCAAUUGAAACAGCCCUUGAACUAACAAAAUACCUUGCCAGAGAGGAUGAACUCUUCAUAUGGAAUAUGGUAUUGUUAAACCUAAUACCUGAUCAUUUGGAAAGUACACUGAAGAACCAUGAGGUAUAUCCACUUUUAAAGAAAUACCUUUUAAAGAGAAUGUUGCCAAUAUACCAUUAUUAUGCAGGUUUUAUUCGUCAAAAUGCUGAUGCUUUGGAAGAUGACUAUUUUGCUCAAGUAUAUUUGGAAAAAUUCUUGGCAACAGCGUGCUGGCUGGGCCUCCAGGACUGUUUGGACCUGUCAUCUGAACUGUAUGCUAAGUGGAGGGACAACCCUGAGUACAAAAUUCCCCUUUUAAUUCGAAAAACAGUCUGCUGCUAUGGUAUUGCAAUGGGAAGUGAUAAAGAAUGGAAUUUUGCAUGGGAAAUGUACAACCAUACUGACUCUGUUGAAGAAGAUGAAGACAUGCUGCUCUAUGCCAUGAGCUGUGCCAAAGAGUCGUGGUUACUUUACAGGUACUUGCAAUAUGGACUUAGUGACACAUUAUUUUCUUCCAAUUGUACUUCAGUCAUCAUCUCACAUGUAGUGACUAAAGAUAUUGGGUAUCGUAUAGCCUGGGAAUUCGUUACAGAAAAUUGGCCACUUUUAAGUCAAGGAUAUGGGCAUGAAUUACUGCAUGAUGUACUCAAAGUCAUGGGAAGAUUUGUCAAAACUGAUGUACAGAUCCAAGAGCUGCAGGUUUUUUAUAAUGCUACUUUGGAAGAGGAUGAGAGAGAGGCUAUUACUAUGCUGCUGGAAUCUGCAAAACUUGAAAAUAUUGAAAGGAGAAAACUACUAAUCAAAGUUGCCAACUGGUUAGAGAAAAAUGUAGAUGAUUGACUUGGAAAACAAUUUCCAGUAUAUUAUAUGUGAUUCACCAUCCUAUUGGUAUUCAUUAUAUCCUGUAAUUAAAGGUAAAGCACAUUUUUAGAGUCCUGUGGUUGUCUUUCAAAUGGAAAGUCUGGAUAAAAUAAUUCACACGGAAAUCAAGGAUUUAGGAAAAGAAGUUAUCAACAUAUUUGCAUCUUUUUUCUAAAAUAAUUUCCUGCUGAAUGAGGUCUUAGGGAUGCAUUCCUAAUAAUAAUGUAACAUAUAGAUACAGCCCUGAAUUGUUUGGGAGUGUUCUUCUGAAUAUCCAAAUGUGUGCUGCAUGUUUGUGGCAAAAACACAUGAGGAAGCUGAAAAAGUUUAUAUUCUGUUUUGUUUCAUUUUUACAGUGAUCUAUAUAACCUGUGUUCACUUCUAUUAUUUUAAGUUGCAAAGAGGACAAUAAUUUAGAACAGUUCUGUGAAACAUAUACUUCAGAAUGACUUCAGACUUGUAGGGAUGAAAGGACUAAAGAAUCCUCAAAUGGUAAUUUUAAUUAAGAAAUUAAUGCCUUGUCAUUCAAACUUGUUUUUUUUUUUUCUCAGCAGAUCUGUACUUAAUAUGUCUGCAUUUGUGUUUGAUUAGGAACUGCUUUUGAAGAGACAUCUCCAUUUAGCAUGCUUCAGCCCCUGGGAUGGUCUUUGAGUGUGUGAAGUGGAUUAUUUUUGGAUAAAAUGUGUCUAGGAGAUGAUGAGCUCCUGGUGUGUGACAUUUGAUGUUCAUUUUGUCCAUGGCACUGGUGUGCAACUAGUCUAAACUAGCCAUUCUAGAACAUCACAGCUCUAAUUGCACUGAGGCACUUGCUGAUCAUGGAAUCACUGAAUAUGCUGAGUUAGAAGGGACCCAUCAGAAUCAGAGUCCAGUUCCCUUGCUGUACAUACAAGGUGGAUCUCCUUGCUUACACUGUCACCUCAUUUUGGAGCUGACAGAAAGAAUUCAGUCCAUUAGUAUUAGCAAACCAUAUUAGCUUGUGCUUAAAAAAAAAGCAUGGGAUCCUCAGCCCAUGCAAAUAAUCUAUCUGUAGGGUAACAGUAUUGUGACAAAAUUACAGUACUGGUGAUCAGUUAACAUGCUGUGGAUCAGCAAACACUGUUAUGUGGGAAUGCAGGAGACAAAAUAAGUUAGAACACUGCUCUAUGGAAAGACAAGAAUAAACUCCAGACAUGCUAAUACAAAGGAUUUUUCACUGGCAUCCUCUAAAUACAUUUGGGAAAAACACUGUCAUGAUGACUGCACUGAAUGUCCUCUGCUCUCCAUGGCUGAAAAGAAAAAAUCAAACUAUUUUUAGACUACUUGAGAAGCCCUUUACUGUAUGGGAAUUACCAGCUGGUGACACAAGUUUGUGUUGGAAACUAUUAUCUCUUAGCGUUUGAUCUAGUUAAGAAUAGUACCAAAGAAAACUGUAUGCAUUCUUGCAAGUCUUCUUCAACUUGACUGAGAAAGCAGAGGAAAUUGUCAAGGCUGUGGUAAAUUACAGGGGUUUUAUCAUAGAACCUACAGGAUGGUUUGGAAGUGACCUUAAAGAUGAUGUUCCAAUCCCCCUGCCAUGGCAUGGGUCACCUUUCACUGAACUGGGUUGCUCAAAGCACUGUCCAGCCUGGACUUGAACACCUGCAGGGAUAGGAAGUCCACAGCUUUCCUGGGGAACCUGUGCCAGUACUGAAGCUGUUUUGCUUCGGCAUUUUCUGUGAUUUCCACUAGUUAAUCACUGGCACUGUAUGUCUUAUCAUGUGGGUUAAGCAAAACUCAAGAAACAUCUCAUAACUUCACCCUAUGCCCAGUAUGUUUAAACCAUUUCUCUCUGACCGUGAGCAAUUGCCUUUCUAACCAGUCUUCCAUGCUUUUGUCACUUUUUUCUUCAUCCUACUGAACAAAACUUUAAUUUGAACUACCAAUAUGUUAAAAUCCCUAGAAGAAUUUUAAAUAAGAUAUUUUCAAAUAAAGGCUCCUGACAAAUGUCUGCCUCCAGAACUUCAGUGUAGUUUUCAUGGCAGAGGCAGAAUGGUGAAGGUGAUUGCUAGGCUGAAUUGCUGGACUGAGUAGCUGCCUGAGUAGGAGCUGAUCUGAAUCACUUCCAGAAUCCACACAUUUGCACUUGGUGGCAUGCAUCAGUGGCAGCUCUUGCUCCUGUUGGGUACAAGCUGAGCACAGAGGUUUGGAGAGUGGCAAGGUUUGGAAUUACAGCAAGGGAAGAAGAGGUGCAUGGGAGGAAUCCAGGGAAAGCUGGGAAAGCUGCUUUACUGCAGAAAGAAUUGGGGUGAAAGAAAGUUCAUUGGAAUUGAAUAUGAAGGCUUCAGGAAAUGAGCUUUAAUAGUACUUACGUGGAUUGUGUAGGUGUUAUGGGACAUGUAAUUGUGAAGGUGUGCACAUAUGGGGAAACUUCCAGUAAAAGCAGCUGUGUCAUUGAUUGAUAGGAUAUAUUCAGUAGGCCCUGAGUAGGUAAAAAAAUAAAUAUGAUGUGAAAAGACCAGAUUUUUGCUUGAAGUCCUGCUCUCUGCCUUGAUAGUGUGGAAGUCAAAAAGUUACACCUAUUCUGCCCAUACUGUAAGUACGUGUGGCAGGGCAGCAGACUCGUGAGCUGGCCAAGCCCAGUGGAGAGGGAGGCUUUAGAGCUGUUUAAAUCAAGGUUCAGGAGCACCAGACAACUUCUCUGCACCUCCUGGCACAUGUGCCCCUUUUCCCUCCUGGCACCACAAGAAACCUCUCAGACAAGUGAGGAACGGGCAGCUGGUUGCGGGGCCUGGGUGGCCAAGGGACAAACCCCAUGCCCUCUGGAUGCACUGAUGGUACAUUGAUGAGGUGGGUGGAAUAGCCUGCUGCUUCUUUCAGAGUUGUUGGAAGUCCCAGAAGAGUGAGAAUAGGGUAGUGAAAGGGGAUGUGAAUAGAUGUGAAUAGGGUAGUGAAAGGGCUAAAAUGCCAAAGAAUGAACUGAGGUGUGGCCUUGCCACAUUCCUGCUGUGCAGCGACUCAAAAGAUAGAAAGAGCUGUCAUCUCUGCAUCCACAGGCUCAGAGGUACAGGGGCUCCUCCAGAGCCAGGUGUGAUGUAUGGACCCAGCCUCUUGGCCAAACUAAUGGUACUUUGGUUCAGACUCCAAAGGAAGCAAAGGUCUAGACUAUGACCAGGCUAAAACUUCUCUAGUUCCAACAUUUUCUCUGGUAGCUCAUGCAGGAAAAGGGUGACAUGGUGAGCAUUAAUGCUAUAAACUUGGAAACUGGAACUGGAAAUAUGUGAUUAACACAACAACAGCAGACAUUUGUCAAGGAGUAAAGGGGGUUGUGGGUACAAGGAGUCUCACCUUUACCUUAUCCAUCACUUGUAAUUGACUGUGAGACAGACAGCCUACAUAGCGUCUGGACUUCUCUGUGCCUUCUCUGCCUGCUAAUGGUAGUGGGGUGAUCUCCACUGGAGCUAGAACAGCUCUCAGGGUCGCUUCUCAAGGUUGAAAUACCCUUUACCAACUGCACUGGUACGUGACCAACAUAGUGCAUAACCUUGUAUCAUAGGACAUUAAGACUGCAUUGGUAACUUUGAAUCAUUACUGCCUCUUCUGUGCUGUAAAUAACAGAACGAGCCCAUUGUAUAACAACCAUUUGAUAAGUUUCACAAUAUCUUCAAUAAAACCACAGUUGCUGCUAUGGUUC